AAGCAGUGACCCUCAGUUGUCCAUCACACGUGCCCUGGGCACCCAGCCCCCCUGUGCCCUGCAGGUCGAGGGCACCCCAUCCAUGUCAGUGAGGGGAUGGACAGCAGAGACGCACACCCCACCGCAGCCUGCUCUGGGCACCGGGCCCUGGAGCGUUGCCUGAAGCCCCCUCCUUCCCUCAGGGAAAACUGAGCCUUCACUGGAGUUAUUUUGAGGUUGUGUGCUUAUUUUUAAAACACAGGAUUAUUUUGAGGGCAUACGCUUUAUUUAAAAAAAAAAAAAAGCAUGGGAAUUUUGUAUUCGGCACCAUAAUAUUCCCCUGCAUUUAAAGAGAAAAACUGUGGCCCUCAGAAACCUUUGGGUUGGCUCGAGGGAGAGGACCCGCAUGCGUGUGGGUUCUGGUGUCCUGUCUCUGUGGCUCAUUCAGCGAAAUUUGGGGUGGGAAAUGCAUGAAUCGUCAAGUUUGAGGGGGCACUUAUGGACAGUUGAGUCUUUCUCCCCCGUUUCUCCAUUGCUUAAGUGAGGAAAUAGGCACAGAGAGGUUAAGUGAUGUGCUCAAGGUCACACAGCUGGUGAGCUGCAGAGCCUGAGUUUGAGCCCAAACAGCUUUAACCACAGCACUUGCAAAAGCGCCACUUUGGUGAGGCCUGUCGCUGCCUACCCUGUUGCGUUUGCGGCUGGACAGCUGGGGCAGUUUCCUGGACCACUGAGACCUACUUCCCUUCACGGCAUCGCAUGAUGACAGUCACCUCCCAGAGAGAAGAGCUGCCAAGAGCCCAGAUGGCGCCUGGAGCCUCAAGGACCCUUCCACUGGGGAUAAGGAAGGUUUUGCACAAAGAUACAGACUUCAGGCUUCCCCAGGAUACGCUUGGUGGCUGUCAUCAGACCAUGAUUUCUGGGGCAGCAGGUAGUGAUGGCGACUGCCCCGGUUCUGCAGACAUCAUUCCAAUUCUGAUCCCCCACCCCCUGCCUGGAUGGAUGCCUUGGGCAAGAGUCUUCAUCUCCCUCAGCCUGGUGUUCCUAGCUGUGCCCAGGGACCGACUGGCCAAGGACCCCACUGGAGAGCUUUGGACACCCUAACAGUGAAUGAGAAUGGGGGACAAGGAUUACAACAUGUCCUUCUCCUAUGAUGAGGACUACUCAGAUGACUUUGAGCCCAUCGUGGUUUUGGAGGAGUCGUCUCCCCUGGAAGGCAAGGUGACCAGGAUCUUCCUGGUGGUGGUCUAUAGCAUCAUCUGCUUCCUCGGGAUCCUGGGCAACGGGUUGGUGAUCGUCAUCGCCACCUUUAAGAUGAAGAAGACAGUGAACACCAUCUGGUUCCUCAACCUGGCCGUGGCGGACUUCCUGUUCAACGUCUUCCUCCCCAUCCACAUCGCUUAUACCGCCAUGGACUACCACUGGGUGUUUGGGACGGCCAUGUGCAAGAUCAGCAACUUCCUGCUCAUCCACAACAUGUACACCAGCGUCUUCCUGCUGACCGUCAUCAGCUUCGACCGCUGCGUCUCCGUGCUCCUUCCCGUCUGGUCCCAGAACCACCGUGGCGUGAGGCUGGCCUGCAUGGCCUGCGUGGUUAUCUGGGUCCUGGCUUUCUUCCUGAGCUCCCCAUCCCUCGUCUUCCGGGACACGGCCCAGGUGCAUGGGAAAAUCUCCUGCUUUAACAACUUCAGCCUGUCUGCGGCCGGCUCUGCCCCGCGGCUCGCCCACUCCCGGCUGGAUGCUGUGGGCUUUAGCCGGCACAUGGUGGUGACUGUCACCCGCUUCCUCUGUGGCUUCCUGGUCCCUGUGCUCAUCAUCACGGCCUGCUACUUCACCAUCGCCUGCAAGCUGCGGCGCAACCGCCUGGCCAAGACCAAGAAGCCCUUUAAGAUCAUCGUGACCAUCAUCACCACUUUCUUCCUCUGCUGGUGUCCCUACCACACGCUCUACCUGCUGGAGCUCCACCACACCACCGUGCCUGGCUCCGUCUUCAGCCUGGGUGUGCCCCUGGCCACUGCCAUCGCCAUUGCCAACAGCUGCAUGAACCCCAUCCUGUACGUCUUCAUGGGCCAGGACUUCAAGAAGUUCAAGGUGGCCCUCUUCUCCCGCCUGGUGAAUGCUCUGAGCGAGGACACAGGCCACUCCUCCUACCCCAGCCACAGGAGCUUUACCAAGAUGUCAUCAAUCAACGAGAAGGAGACCAGCAUGCUUUGAGCCUCCUCUGGGCCUCCCGGUGGACAGAUGCUCCAGCCUUGGAGGCCCAAAGCCAUGCCUUCCGAAGACCACCGCAGAGACCCACCAACACCUGCUGUGGUUGACACAGGGCUCAUCAGUGUUUUGAACUGGGAGUCCAGGGCUUGGAACUCUGUUCUUCGAGUGGCACGGCAGACAGAGCAUGCCAUGUCACUCUGGCCUUGAACCAGCACCCCUUAUGUCUUGGAAGAUCAGCCUUGGCUGACCCCAAAGUAAAAAUGGGAAAUUCUCAAAAGCACCGCCCUGAACUGGGAUCAGCAUAAGACAGAGGGAUUAAGCUAUCUAUUCCAUGCUCCCCUGGAAUGAGAAACACGCCACAGGGUGUAUUCCUGGCCAGAGGGGCAGGGGGAGGCCAGAGCGAACCUGGUGUGAUGCAAAAUCACGCCUCACCCCACAUUCCCACAUCACUGGCCAGCCAGAAAUCCCACCACCCCCAUCAUUCCCCGGGGUGAGGGCACAUGAAGGUGCACAUGUUAUCUGGGAGAGGAAGGUGACACAGGGACUCGUGAACUGCCAGGACCAUGGACUUGGCUUUCAGAUCGGGUGGAAAGGCAGAGAACAGGUCCCCAGGAGCCCGUGGGCUCUUUAUGAGGGUAGGACAGGUGGAGCCUGGGGAAGGGGUGGAGAGGGCAGAGCAGAGGCCCUUCAAAGGACGGGCCUGAAGGCACUCACCCUGGAACCUCUCAGGGCAGAGGCACUUUGGGCUGCAGCUAUUUUUAGGGGGUGGGGGUGGUGUCAGCCCCUCGCCCCAGGUCCGCUGUCACCUUGCACGUGUUGCCUCUGGGCUGGGCCGUGGGGGACAGCUUUACCCUCAGCUUCUUCCCCAUUGCUGGGGUUUUCCCUUCCUUUCCUGAUCCACUGGCCCUGGCAGCAGGCGCUAACGCCAGGGCGGGGGGCCUGGGAAGGAGGGCAUCCCCCCAACCCCCGCCCUGGCUUCCUCAAAGCCUUGCCAAAACUGGCUUCAGGAAGCAACCUGGGAGCACCUUGCAGGUUGAAGAGCAUGUCCAAGGGCUUGUCCCUGAACUCUGCAGAGCCUGGCCUGGUGGCCAUGCUGCCUCUUCUCACCUGGGACCGACACGUCCUGUGCGCCAGUGUCCUUGUCCCGUUUACAGAUGACAAAGGUGGGGCUCGGCGGGGCGGGGGGGGGGGCAGUAAUGCGCCCACUAAUAAACAGCUGACAUGAGGCAGAGUUGUGAACCCAGCUCUGUCUGGCUCCAGAAACUUUUUUUCCCCCAAUGGCAAAUGUAUCUAUUGAGAAUAUUCUAGACUAUCGUGAUAGCCUACGCUUAUUUAGUGCACCCUAUGCUAAAUUUACUCCUCCCAGCAGCCCUGGCUUACACUUAUUACUUCUUUUACCUAUGUGAAGCUCAGAGAGGUUAAGUAACUUUCCUGAGAGCGCCCAGCUGGUCUCCACCAGAGCCUGCGUCGCAAACUAGGUGUGUCUGGCUCAAAUAAGGCUGCAGGAUCAGGGUUUUGAGGGAGGCUUGGGGUUUUGACUGUACAUAUCCCUUCUUCAGCCGAUUAAUAUAAACAUCUUCAUGGCCGAUA